GGCACUAAUGACAACCCUACUACUGCAGCCCCACCCCAACAUGGGCUGAGGGGACAGCUCUGCGCAUGCGUCUAGAAACGUGGCUCGGUCUGCGCGGGGAAAUGAUGCGCAGAAGAGUCGCUCCCCGAGCUAUGGAAAAUGUGCAAGCGCUAGGCGCAUGUGCAGAGGGAAAGCGCUUCCCUUCUCCGCCACCUCCGGACGCGCCUCGGCGCACAGCACGUUUUCCGUGGUGACGUAGUGGUCUACGCCCCGCCCCCGAUAUAAAAGCGUGCGCGGGCGGCGGGCGCCAUUGUGCUGUGGAGCAGGCCGCGCUUCUGGGACGGUGCAGGCCCCGCAGCACCGAGCUCUCCUCUUCCUGCCUCCCCUCUGCCCUGCGGAGAUGCCGCGCGUCUACAUCGGGCGCCUCAGCUACCACGUCCGGGAGAAGGACAUCCAGCGCUUCUUUAGCGGCUAUGGCCGCCUGCUCGAGGUCGAUCUCAAGAACGGCUACGGGUUCGUGGAGUUCGAGGACUCCCGCGAUGCCGACGAUGCCGUUUACGAGCUGAACGGCAAAGACCUGUGCGGGGAGCGGGUGAUAGUGGAGCACGCCCGGGGCCCCCGCCGGGACAGGGACGGGUACAGCUACAGUAGCCGCAGUGGGGGUGGUGGAGGCGGUGGAUAUAGCAGUCGGAGACAAUCAGGAAGAGAUAAAUAUGGACCGCCUGUUCGUACAGAGUACAGACUGAUUGUUGAAAACCUUUCCAGUCGUUGUAGUUGGCAGGAUUUGAAAGAUUUCAUGAGGCAAGCUGGGGAGGUAACCUAUGCGGAUGCUCACAAAGAACGCACAAAUGAAGGGGUAAUUGAAUUCCGAUCUUACUCUGACAUGAAGCGUGCUCUGGACAAAUUGGAUGGCACAGAGAUAAAUGGCAGGAAAAUCCGGCUGGUUGAAGACAAGCCACGGACAAGCCAUAGGCGAUCUUACUCUGGCAGCAGGUCAAGGUCACGAUCUAGAAGAAGGUCACGAAGCAGAAGUCGUAGGAGUAGCCGCAGCAGAUCCCGUAGUGCCUCAAAAAGCCGCUCGCGAUCUAAAUCCAGGUCACGAAGCAAAGAUCGUUCACGUUCCAGAUCUAAAAGCAGGAAGUCUAGAUCAAAGAGCAAAUCUAAACCCAAGUCUGACCGGGGCUCCCGCAGCAGAUCCAAGGAGAAAUCUGAGAAGUCUCGCAGCAGGUCUAGGUCCAUGUCUCGCUCUCCCAAAGAGAAUGGUAAAGGAGAGGCUAAGUCUAAAUCCAGGUCAAGGAGUAGGUCUCGUUCCAAAUCACCACAGCAGCAACCACCUGCCAAGGCUCGCUCUGAGUCACCGCCCAAAAGAGCUGCAUCACGGUCCCGCUCCAGAUCUCGUUCAAAAUCUCGCUCACGGUCAAGAUCUAGUUCAAGAGAUUAAGACUAGAACUCUUCUCUUACUUUGCACACUAUUAUGGAACAUUUUCCUACUUGCCAGGCCAUUAAUCUUUUAUGUUAGUACUUAAGAAGUUGGUUUCUUCUCUUGCAGAAGGGAAUGGCCUGAGAACCAAGUAAUGAGGCAUAAAGGUUUGAUUCGUAUCUAAAUUUGAUGAAAAGAUGAGGUUGUACAGAAAUGUACAAAGCAGGAAAAAGCCCCCCUUUUUGUAGAGAUUAAGCUAAACUUUUAAUUUUAUAGCAUUUCAGCAGGAAUAACUUAUCUGCUGUUGGGUGGAAAGUGGUUUUUUAUAUUAAAAAUACUCUUGAGUAUGAGGUUUAAGUUCAGGCAUUUUGAGAACAUUAUUUUUCCUAAUUUUUUCACUGUUUUAAAAUUAUGGAUUUUAGUAGUUUAAUGGGUUAUGGCUUGCUACCAGAGGCAUGACAGACAGCCUUGUUGAACAGGUCAGUAUAGAUGAUGUGGCUAUCUUAAUUUGUGGAAGUAGAAUGUGAACUGGACAUAUGGUUGACAUAAAACUAGGCAAAUUUCAGACCAGCAAUAAACUCAAUUUGGAGCAGUUCAGUUGUGCUGUAUCUUAAUUCAGCUUGCCAAAAGUUUCUUCUUUUCCCCUUCCCCAUAAUGAUUGUAUUAAAAAGCUAAUAAAGGUACUAUUUUGUAGCUUGACAUGAUGCAGUAUUGCCUACACUCAUGAGUAACCAAGUUCACAUAAUGGAAGUAACGUGACUUUUUUUAGUUUGCUUGAAUUCCAGGAGACACUCCAAUUCUCAGACACAAUGGUGUCUUUCUGGAUGUGGUCCAUGUCAUUAGUGUCUUGUAUUGUUUGCAGGCCUCUAAAUAUUUACCUAUUGGGUAUGUAAAACUGAGUAAAGCUGCCUUUCUUCCCCUAUGAUUCAUUUAACACCCACUUUGCUUCAAAAUAUGAGAACCACAAUCCUGUUGUGUAUGAAUCUAAACCUAUGGGAUCUUAAUGUAUUGGAGCUAGAGUUCUAGUCUUAACAGAAGGCUUUGCUAAACCAGAGUUGCCAAUUCACUUAAAUUGUGGAGUAGAAUCCAUCCCAAAAGCCCCCUUUAUAGCUAAAUUGAUUUUUGUAACAUGCAAUAGCAAACAUUAGAACUGCCUUGUAAUCUUUAUACAAUGUGUAGUUUUACUUGUAUAAAAUUAAAUCAGUGACUCAAA